AGAGCGAUGCCAGUGAAGGAAAGAAAGGAAAUUGAUGCCAGUGCCAAGCAAAGACCAAACUCAUAUGAAGACCACAAAAGAAGAAGUGAAAAGCAUUUCUCAGCCGCAGAUACUAUAAGCGAUUCUAAUCUUUACAAUAUGCAGAGCACGAAGACACGUACUCCACCUGUUGUUUUUCUUAAAACACACAAGACGGGAAGCAGCACAGUUCAAAACCUGCUGUUUCGCAUGGGAGAGCAGAAGAGAGCUACAUUUGCUUUCCCCUCUUACACCUUCCAGUUCAGCUACCCAGAUAAAUUCAAGGCAGAAUUUGUGGAAAAGUUACCCAAAGAUUCCCCUAAUUUUGACAUCAUUUGUAGCCAUAUGCGUCUAGACGUGGAUGAGCUGAAACGGAUGAUGCCGCCAGACAGCAUCUACAUCAGCAUCCUUCGUGAGCCUGUGCAAACCUUUGAGUCUGUUUUCUCCUAUUACACCUUCUCUGUACCUGCCUUCUCGUUAGCUCAUAAAGUUGCAGAGACAAAGGACCUCAGACCAGCGCUGUCCGUGUUUCUGGAGUCCCCGGAGUCAUUCUGGGACCCUAAAGACCCUGACGGUUUUGGGAAGAACCCUAUGAGUUUUGAUUUUGGCCUCGACAGCCGGGAUUUGAACUCUUCCUGGUCGGCUAACCUGACUUUGCUGAAGGAAACCUUCGAUCUGGUUAUGAUUGCAGAGCACUUUGACGAGUCCCUGGUCCUGCUGGGGUCCCUGCUGAAGCUGGGGCCUGAGGAACUGGCCUAUGUCCGCCUCAAUGCUCGCUCUGCACGCAAUGUCACACCGCUGGAUGACCUUACUAAAGACAGGAUCCGAGCCUGGAACAGCAAAGAUGUGCAGCUGUAUGACUUUUUUCUGAAGUUGUUCUGGGAGAAGGCUGAGCAUUACGGACUGGAGAGGUUGAAAAGAGGAGUGGAUCUGCUGAGGGCGUCCAAGGACAGAAUCACACAGAGAUGUGUGGCGAGGAAAGAAGUUCCCCCUGUGGAGCUGGAGGACUUCAUGAGACCCUGGCAGACGGAUUCAGUCACCAUCCUGGGUUAUCACGUGCAGGGCAAUCUGAGCAAACACGAGCAGGAAUUCUGCAGGCGACUUGUGCUUCCUGAACUUCAGUACCACACCCACCUCUACUUCAAGCAGUAUGGUCGAGCAAUGAGGUCCAUACCAACGGAAUAAUGCAUCCUUUCUUUUAUUUAUACAUUGUAUCAUAUGCAUAUAAUUUAAAGGGAAAAAUGGUGUUCCAUGAGAGCCAUCAUUAUAUCAAUCAUGAUACAUUGUGAAUACAUUUCAGUUAGAGUUAAGGAUCAGACAUGAGACAUUUCCUCAUUCAUAAAGACUUUAUUUGGAUAAA